AAACGCUGUCCACGUCGUCGCAGUUGCUCCAUUCGCAAAUCGAACGUCAACGCGAGCGCAUCUCGUCGACGGAGCAAGCCAACAACUAAUUGGAAAACUGAGAGACGAAAACGAGACUGAACCGCACUCAGAGAUCUGCAGCAUGGCUCGGCGCGGUGCGAAUGUGAUUUGGUUUCGCCAUGGUCUCCGGCUUCACGAUAAUCCAGCGAUGCUGGCCGCGCUGUCCAACAAAGAUCAAGGCGUCGCCCUGAUACCCAUUUUCAUAUUCGAUGGCGAGAGCGCGGGCACAAAAAAUGUUGGAUACAAUCGCAUGCGCUUCUUGCUAGACUCGCUGCAGGACAUCGACAGGCAGUUGCAGGAGGCGACGGAAGGACGCGGCGGUUUGCUCAUUUGCGAGGGCCAGCCAGUGCACAUCUUUCGGCGUCUGCAUGAGCACGUGGGCCUGCACAAGAUCUGCGUGGAGCAGGACUGCGAGCCCAUCUGGAACGAGCGGGACGAAGCAACCAAAAGCCUCUGCCGCGAGCUGGGCAUCGAGUACGUGGAGAAGGUGUCACACACACUAUGGGAUCCACGCACUGUGAUCGACACGAACGGCGGCAUCGCCCCCCUGACCUACCAGAUGUUCCUACACACGGUGCAGAUUAUCGGCCUGCCGCCAAGGCCGGUGCGCGAUCCGCACUUUGGGGGCGUCAAGUUUGUUCAGCUGUCCCCGGAGCUGCGCCAUGACAUUGGCUGCUUUGAGAUGACCCCCACGCCGGAACACUUCAAUGUAUACAGCGACAACAUGGGCUACCUGGCCAAAAUCAACUGGGUCGGUGGCGAGACGCAGGCGCUGCUGCUGCUGGGUGAGCGGCUCAAGGUGGAGCAGCACGCCUUCGAGCGUGGCUACUAUCUGCCCAACCAGGCCAUGCCCAACAUUCUGGAUACGCCCAAGUCGAUGAGCGCCCACUUGCGCUUUGGCUGCCUGUCCGUGCGCAGGUUCUACUGGUGCAUGCACGACCUCUUCAAGAACGUGCAGCUGCGCGCCUGCGUCCGGGGCGUCCAAAUGUCGGGCGGCGCCCACAUUACCGGACAGCUGAUAUGGCGUGAGUAUUUCUACACGAUGUCGGUGAACAAUCCGCAGUACGACCGCAUGGAGGGCAACGAGAUCUGCCUCAGCAUACCCUGGGCGAAGCCCGAUGCCGAACAACUGCAGCGCUGGCGCCUCGGCCAGACGGGCUUCCCGCUGAUCGACAGCGCCAUGCGGCAGCUGCUGGCCGAGGGCUGGCUGCACCACACGCUCCGCAACACGGUGGCCACCUUCCUCACUCGCGGCGGCCUCUGGCAGAACUGGGAGUUCGGCCUGCAGCACUUCCUCAAGUAUCUGCUGGACGCCGAUUGGUCGGUCUGCGCGGGCAACUGGAUGUGGGUAUCCAGCUCGGCAUUCGAGCGACUGCUCGACUCCUCCCUCGUCACCUGCCCUGUGGCGCUGGCCAAGCGCCUCGAUCCCAACGGCCAGUAUAUCAAGCAGUACGUGCCAGAGCUACAGCACGUGCCCAAGGAGUACAUCCACGAGCCUUGGCUAAUGUCAGCUGAGGAGCAGAAGCGCUACGAGUGCUUGAUUGGAGUCCAUUAUCCAGAUCGCAUUAUUGACCUGUCGCUUGCCUCGAAGCGGAAUAUGUUGGCAAUGAAGGCGUUACGCAAUUCCCUAAUAGAGCCGCCGCCCCAUUGCCGGCCCUCUAAUGAGGAGGAGGUGCGUCAAUUCUUUUGGCUGGCCGACUGAGGAGAUCCAAUGCCAAUCAUAUUUUUAUGCCUAUCUGUGUCUAAUUUCCUAUAUCAACAAUAACAAAAUAUAAU